GCCUAGAUCAUGCAGCCAAUCAGUAUCAGUGACCCUGCAGCCAAGCGAUUUAUCGGUGAGGAUUAUGCUAAGCCACCACCACGUCCUCCACAACGCACACAACGAUGCUGGCAAGGCGCUAUCAUGUUUUUAUAGCUCUGACCCCUGUCUCAGAUGUAGUCUGAAUGGUAAGCCAGCUUUUCAGCUCGAAUCUUCGUUGUCAAAACUGCGAGUACUUUACCUGCGCUUCAGCCUUACGCGAGAAUCUCGCACAGGUGAUUGUGGUUUCAGCUCAUACACUUACAUCCAGAGCUACAGAAGUAGCUGCAGUACGAUCCACGAAUAUGCCGUCCCUAUUCGGGAAGAAGAAAGCCACGCCCGCUGCUCCUGCAACCCCAGUCCAAGAGAUUGUGGGCAUACGGCCAUGGGACUAUGUAUACCUUCGCACUGCGCCCCUCGACGCUUCUCAGAAGACCUCCGGACCUGGACGCGGGUUCGCUGCUGGCGACGUGCUCCGCGGAAUUCAAUACCAACAUUGGGCAAUCCAGGUCCGACACAAUGUCUACGACGUCGCACGCCUCAACGACGUUGACAACGAUCAUGAAUACGCCCUACAUGACAAGCCAAUGAAGAUACAAGAGUGGGAGCGCAACCGCCCCAGCCACAGUGCAGAUAAGAUACCUAUUGGAAUCACUUUCCGCAGCGAUAUCUACAUCACAGAAAACGCCAUUGUGAUCUGGGCCGCUAUCUUCCGCGGCGAAUACAAACUCCUCGCAACUAACUGCCAGCAUUUCGCUAUUCAGCUCGUGAGCCUGAUCCACGCCACAACAAGCCAAAUCUCCUACGUACCACCCGCAGCCCUCGCCACCCUGCAGCCGCUUCCCAGUCCGUUCAAGAUCAGCAAGGGCCUAGGCGCGACCAUCGACCGGCUGAAGCGCAACCAGACUGUCGCCGGCGCCACCCCGGAAAGCAACUUCUCCCCACCCAAAGAGAGGAAUGGUCUGUAUUGCGGGUACAGCAGCGACUUCGUGGAUAGCGUGCGCAAGGGGAAGUCGGUGCAGGAUACAGUCGCGGUGCUGCAGCGUCUGGGUGUCCGAAAGCCUGAGCCAGAUAGAGAGAGGGAAUUCAAUCUGGAUUUUGAGCCGGCGAAGUUGGCGCCAGAGCAGGCGUGGCUACUUGAUGCCGCGCUGAAGGGAGAGGUGAGAUUGGAUGAUGUCGGACGGCAGGUCUAAGUGACGAUCAAGUAUGAGAUGGCUUGUUACGCGAAAUCGUGUGUUCAGUGUUCUUAUUCGUGUUGCUCAUCGGCGCGAACAUCAGCAGUAUCACUGUCAGCUCAUUGAUACCGACGAGGCUGUGGAUCUAUAACUAGUAAAUUCUACAUACAGGAGGGUCACACG